AUGAGGCUGCCACUACCACUGCUACUACUGCUGGGAGCCUGGGCCAUCCCAAAGGGCCUUGGGGACAGGGCCCAGCUCACAGCCACUGCCCCACAGCUGGAUGAUGAGGAAAAGUACUCAGCUCACAUGCCUGCUCACCUGCGCUGUGACGCCUGCAGGGCUGUGGCCUACCAAAUGUGGCAACAUCUGGCAAAGGCAGAGGCCAAACUUCAUACCCCAGACUCCAGGGGCCAGCGGAAGCUGAGCGAGUUGGUAUACACAGAUGUCCUGGACAGGAGCUGCUCCCAGAACUGGCAGGACUACGGAGUUCGAGAGGUGAACCAGGUGAAACGUCUCACGGGCCCAGGGCUUAGCAAGGGGACAGAACCAAGCAUCAGCGUGAUGAUCACAGGGGGCCCCUGGCCCAUAAGGCUCUCCACGACAUGUUGGCAGUACUUGGGGGAGUUUGGAGAAGACCAGAUCUAUAAAGUCCACCAACAAGGCCAAGGGGCUCUGGAGGCAUUGCUGUGUGGGGGCCGUCAGGGGGCCUGCUUGGAGGAGGCUCCUGUCAUAAGGGAAGAACUCUAGUCCUCAACUCCUCCUUCCCCUGAAGAGAAGCUGGGGCUUCCUCUGGAUCUUCCCCAUUCCUAUCUGCAGGCUGCCAGGAGGGCAGGGAGGCCUUGCUCUGUGCUGCCACUCUCCCUC